AUGAAAAUAGCAAAUAAAGAGAUUUCAGAAGCACAGUUAUUAAGAGAUAUCGUGUUUGUACUUCAAGGAAUAGAAGGACAACAUAUUAAAUUUGAAAAGGGAUCCUCUUCGUAUAUUAUUGACCCAAAAAUGACAAUUACUUAUUCAACUCGUGAUCUUUUGCAUAGACUUAUAGAAUUGGGAUGGCUUUAUCGACGAGUCAACGAGUAUGUAAAGAUUAAUUUUAAUGAUCCUUCUAUUGGCUUAGUUGGUCAGGCAUUUAGUUCGGCACUGCAACGUGAAUUAACAGAAUUGAUGUCAGUAUUGGUGGAAUGUUGCAAACAACAAAGAGGUGGUGCACUAGUUUCAACAAUUUAUAAAUAUACAUAUAAUGGGGAUCCAUUUAUUCAAAACUUUAUUAAUAAUAUCCUUGAAGAGGUUUCAAAACCAUUUUUUGAAAUGCUACAAAGAUGGAUUUAUGAGGGGGAAUUAGAAGAUCCAUUCGAAGAGUUUUUUGUCGCAUGUGAUCCAAAUGUUGAAGAGGAUUUAUGGCAAUCUAAAUAUAAGAUACGUAAAGAUAUGCAACCAACAUUUAUCAGCUCAUUACUUGCAAAAAAAAUAUUUUCAAUAGGAAAAUCACUCAACUUUAUAAGAUAUAGUUGUAAUGAUAAUGAUUGGAUUAUUAAUAAUGCAAAACCAACGGGGGCUGAUGAAAGUACAGUCAAUAUAAUUGGAUUGGAAAGUUCUAUAGAUAAUGCUUACAAAACGACAAGCAAACAACUUAUGAAUCUUUUAUUUGCUAAAUAUAAACUUAAAGAGCAUUUAAUUGCUAUAAAACGAUAUUUACUGCUUGGACAAGGAGAUUUCAUUCAACAUUUAAUGCCUGCAAAUACUCUUUAUCGUCACAAUCUCACAGGGACGUUAGAAGCAGCAAUUCGUGCUUCUAAUGCUCAAUAUGAUGACCCUGAUAUUCUCCGACGUUUAGAUGUUAGGCUUUUAGAGAUUUCAUAUGGAGAUGUUGGAUGGGAUGUGUUUAGCUUAGAUUAUUACGUUGAUUCACCAAUUAAUACUAUUUUAACACCAAGUGCAAUGAAUCAAUAUCUUAAAUUGUUUAAUUUCUUAUGGCGUUUAAAACAUGUUGAACAUGACUUAUCAUUUGCUUGGCGUCGUAAUAUGACAAGUGCAAGAACUUUACAUCAGAUUAAAGAAUUAAAAAAGGAUAUAAAUAAUAGUAGAUUGGUGUGUAGUGAAAUGACACAUUUUAUAUACCAAUUACAAUAUUAUAUAUUAUUUGAGGUUGUUGAAUGUUCAUGGGAUGAACUUGUAACAAAUAUUAAUAAAAAAUGUGUAGAUUUGGAUUCACUAAUUGAAGCUCAUAAUAAAUACUUAACAAAUUUAACAUCAAAAUGUUUUCUAAAUACUUCAAAUAAUCAAGAUGAAUUAUAUAAUUUCACCAUCAAAGAACUGAUGCAUAGAGAAAAUAUUAAUAUUGUAUCAGAAAUACACCAAGGAAAGUCGAGAAAUCUGGGCGAUACUGAUGAAGAAAAAUCAUCAUUUUUAAGUGAUGAUUCAAAAGAAAAAUUAAAACCAAUUCAAGCACAACUUUAUCCAAACCGUGGCUUAAUUCAUAUUUCAUUAUUUAUAAAUGUCAAGAAUUCAACAGAAUUAAAAAAAAGAUUAUUAUCUCAUGAUUCAGAAUUGAGUUAUGCUUUUGUUGAUGCUAAAGUGUUAUUAAUAGCAAUAAAUAAUGCUGUCCAUUAUGAAAAUCUUGGAAUAUUAAAAACUCAUAAUGUUCAUUCAGAAAUUGUUUAUAAUCUUUCUCCAACUACAAAUAUAAGUGAAUCAUUAAGAAGAUUUGGUAUUUCAAAUUCAUCUAAUACAAUAUUAAUAAUUAAAGUUGGUGAAGAUUCAGAUAAUGUAAAAUCUCACUUGUCAAAAUUAAUUGAUGGAGAAGAAUCUUCAUUAGAAGAGCUUUCUAAAUUUACAGAUUUUAGUUGUAUUAAAAAGCCACCAAAAUAUGAGAAUUCAUCAUUAUUAAUCAAUAAAGAUUUUAUUAAACUCACAAAUUUUCAAGUUGGUGCAUUGGACAAGUUAAUAAGUAAAAAUGGAAAUGGAGACAGAGUCACAAUGUUUGGAAUCUGGAUAUCUGGUACACAGAUUCGAGUGUAUGAAAUGAAUUUAAAAUUUGAUGGAAUUUACAUGUUGACCUUGAUGUCAAACGUAAUCCUUCCUACAGAACCAUCACAAUUUCCAAGCAUGGUUUCUGUUUUGGAAGCUAUUUAUAAUGUGAAAGAUCAUGUAGUUGAAUUAAUAGAAACCAUCUCGAAUAAUAUACCAACCAAAUAUCUGUUGACAUACACCAGAUCACCAUGUGGUCUUCCAAAAGAAAUCAAAAUUCCAGUUAGAGUUUAA